UGUAAACUGCAUCGCUUGAUCCAUGGAAUAAACUACUCUGGCCGGUGCGGCGGUGCCCGGUGGCGAUGGCGACUCUACCCUAGUGUACUCUCCUCUCCGCUCUGCUCUACCGCCUCGACUACCUUGGCCGCGCGGCGCCGUUUACCCCACCGCGGCUGCGGGGCACCCGGCGGAGUAAAGGCGGGGCUCAGACCCGAGGAGAAAGGAGGAUGAGCUUCGCGGAUCUGGAGGCCGGCGCGGUGCGGGCGCCCCGGAAGGGGCGGGGUCCCGACGCCACGCGCGCGCUCGUCUUCCAGAUCACCACCGCCGUGGCCACCUACCGCCGCCUCCUCAACUCGCUCGGAACGCCCAAGGACACCCCCGCCCUCCGUGACCAGCUGCAGAAGACUAGUCAUAACAUUCUUCAAUUGGCAAAAGAUGCGAAAGAGAAGCUCAGGAGAGCUGCCGAAGCAGACAAGAGCGCCGAUACUAGUGCAGACAAGAGGGUUGCUGACAUGAAGCUUGCCAGGGAUUUUGCCACAACAAUGGAGGAGUAUGGGAAACUUCAAAAUCUUGCAAUUCAAAAGGAGAUGGCAUAUAAGCCAGUUGUUUCCCAGACUUCUCAGCCAAACUAUACUACAGGUGAUAGAAGCCAGGAAUCUGGUAAAAUGCCUGAACAGCAUGCACUACUUGCAGAAUCAAAGAGGCAAGAGGUGCUGCAAUUGGAUAAUGAAAUUGUUUUCAAUGAGGCUAUCAUUGAGGAAAGGGAGCAAGCUAUUCAAGAUAUUCAGCAACAGAUUGGUGAAGUACAUGAAGCAUUUAAGGAUCUUGCUACUCUUGUGCAUAUGCAAGGAGUUACAAUCGAGGAAAUUGAUACGAACAUUGAGAAUUCUGCAGCAGCAACCAAAGAGGCAAAGGUGGAAAUGGCAAAAGCAUCUAAGACUCAUAAAUCGAAUUCAUCACUGCUUUGCAUUCUUCUGGUGAUCUUUGGGGUUGUCUUGCUAAUUGUGAUAAUAGUUUUGGCGACAUGAGGCGCGAGGGUAGAGAUUCCUGGUGCACUCGGAAGCAUAUUUAAAAUCCAUAUGCAUCCGUGUUUACUUGAGCUUCUUCACUUGCAAAGACUGUCGAUCACGAAAUUGUGUAAGUUUGUUGUUUAUUAUAGGUUCUCUGAAUUGUGAGUUCAUUUCCUGAUGUCAUGCGUGAGUCUUUUUUUUUCAUGGCAUGCCUUGAGUGAACAGUGAUGCUCUUGCGCUCGUUCGGAGGCUUGUUUUGCCGAGGAACUUGCAUGAUGUAAUUAUUUUGAGUGAAUAAAAAACAAAAGAGUGACUAAGGUUGUGUUUGCCUGAGUGGAUGGGAUUGAAUGGGAGAUGUCUGGAUUUUUAUAGCGUUUUAUUCGCCAUGGAGAGAUGGAUGGCGAGGCCUCCAUAGAGAUACUCCAAAGGUGCUGGGUGAGCGGAUUUGGCAAAACUGGCAAUAUACUCGUCCGCCUAACAUUGAUCAUUAGU